CUGUCUGGCUGGCAGAUGCAGUGCCUAGUCCCCAGCCCCCAGGACAACGCCAACAUGAACGGGACGUCCGAGCAGGCCGACAUCCUGCCGCCAAACUGCAUGGUCAAAGACCGAUGGAAAGUGCUGAAGAAGAUCGGUGGGGGCGGGUUCGGGGAGAUCUACGAGGCCUUGGACCUGCUGACGCGGGAGAACGUGGCGCUGAAGGUGGAGUCGGCCCAGCAGCCCAAACAGGUGCUGAAGAUGGAGGUAGCCGUGCUGAAGAAGCUGCAGGGUAAAAACCACGUCUGUAAGUUUAUCGGCUGCGGGAGAAACGACAAAUUCAACUACGUGGUCAUGCAGCUUCAGGGCCGUAACCUGGCUGACCUGCGGAGGAGUCAACCCAGAGGAACCUUCACCAUGAGCACCACCCUGCGGCUCGGGAAGCAGAUCCUGGAGUCCAUCGAAGCCAUCCACUCCGUGGGCUUCCUGCACCGAGACAUCAAACCGUCAAACUUUGCGAUGGGCCGGCUUCCCUCCACCUUCAGGAAGUGUUACAUGCUGGACUUCGGUCUGGCGCGGCAGUACACCAACACCACCGGAGAGGUCCGACCGCCGAGGACGGUGGCAGGUUUCAGAGGGACGGUCCGCUACGCUUCAGUCAACGCUCAUAAAAACAGGGAAAUGGGUCGCCAUGACGACCUGUGGUCAUUGUUUUACAUGUUGGUGGAGUUCGCUGUUGGACAGCUGCCGUGGCGAAAGAUCAAAGAUAAGGAACAAGUCGGUCAGAUCAAAGAGCGCUUUGAACAUCGGAUGCUGCUCAAACACAUGCCUGCCGAGUUUAAUACCUUCCUGGAGCAUGUCCAGAGCCUGGACUACUACACCAAACCAGACUACCAGCUGCUGAUGUCGGUGUUCGAGAACAGCAUGAAGGAGCGAAUCAUCACCGAGAACGAGCCUUUCGACUGGGAGAAGGGAGGAAGUGAUGUCACGCUGUCGACCAGUGCCUCUACCCAACCACAGCACAACACCCGACCCACUGCCGCCAUGGUGGGAGCCAUCGUGACGCCGGUUCCUGGAGAUCUUCAGCGGGAGAACACCGACGACGUUCUGCAGGAUGAACAUCUCAGUGAUCAGGAGAACGCCCCUCCGGCCCCGCCCAGUCGACCCCCCGGGGAGACGGGCGUCCAGCACGCCGGAGAGCCGGGAGAGGCCUGGGAGGACACUGACUUCAACCGCAACAGACUCAGGAUCAGCCUGAACAAGGGGGCUCAGGAGGAGGAGCCAGGCCGGGCUGUAUGUCCGGUGUCGCCGGUUCGAGGCGGAGCCCCAGAGUCACCGACAGGUCAGGGUCGGUCUUUACGGUACCGCCGGGUCAACAGCCCCGAAUCUGACCGCUUGUCUGCUGCCGAGGGCCGAGCCGACGCCUACGGACAGAGGUCUAGGAUGGACAUGCUCGGCUCUCCGUCUCGUCACGUCUACUCCUCCCAGCCAGCCCAGAUGCUGUCGGUCGACCCCGGUUGCCGCGGCGAUCGUCAGGUCAGCGGCCGACAGGAGGUGUCGGUGGCGUCCGUGGACCAGGAGGCGCACAGCAACGCCUUCAUACGCUCCGUCCCGUUGGCCGAGGAGGAGGACUUCGACAGCAAAGAGUGGGUAAUCAUCGACAAAGAGACGGAGUUACGAGACUUCCAACCAACCACAUCAGGGACGACUGAUGAGGAGCCGGAGGAGCUCCGCCCCCUGGAGGAGCAGGAGGAGAGGAGGAGGCUCAGAACCGGAGGGGCGGAGCUGGUGGUUCGUCCAAAGACUCACACCAGGGAGGGCAGUCGAGGGAUGCUAACGCUAACGGAGGAGGAGGCGUCGAGGAGGAGUGGCGGGAGCCCCGCCCAGUCGCCCUGUCACUCGCUGCCGUCAGGACGCCCCCGCCGGAGGGAGUCGGAGCCCAUUGGACCUCAGAGACCGGUGUUGUCGCCCACGGAGCAGAGCACCCCGUUGCCGCCCUCCCCAGACUACCGGACAAAGGGCCAGGGUGACGAGAAGGAACAUUUCCACAUCCUUCCUCAGCUCCAGGCUAAGAGGGCUGACUUCCUUACCGUCAUGUUGACUGGUACCUUGCCUCAGCGCCGGAGCUUUGCCACGCCAGACGAAGAAGUCCCAGAGCCCCUUGGGCCAAAGGAUGACGACGUCACGAAGAGUGAGUCAAACAGUGAGGCCAGUCAGAAAAGUACCGAACGUAGCCAGGAAGCUGCACCUUCCACACUCAUGGCUGAGGACCAGAGGGCACAGCGGGAGCAUGCCUCAGCCGCUGAUGCAGACCCUGACCUGGAGGACGCAUCCAAAACCCUUGUCCUCUUCUCACCUGGAGACACUCGCAAGUCUCCAUCCGGUGGUGAUCAUGGGCUAGAGGCUGAACUGGCAACACCGUCUGCCCUCACUUCCCGUAAUGACCGCCUCCUGGUCGCGGAGGCAGUUCAGCCUGAACCUUCUGAGACUGGCCGUCUGUCCCCGGCUCUCAGGUCAGACCUGAGGCCGUCCACUCCCAUCGCUCCAGCAUCACCUCCCUUCACCAAAGUUGAGCGCACUUUCAUCCACAUUGCAGAGACAUCACACCUCAAUGUCAUGUCUUCCAAUGGACACUCUGCCAAGGACAGUGACCGGGAAGUCUUUGCUAUCAUGAAGGAAUCACCUGUAGAAGAUGACACGCGUGAGCACGGCAGAGCUCCAGUGACAGAAGAGACUCCAGAGGUACUAGACCAAACUGCACCAGUUGACAAACACCCCAAAACUGAGAAUGGUCCAUCAACUGUCCUGGCUCAGUCUUUGGAGCCUGUCCUGGAAGCAAUGUCACCAGUUCAUGAAUUUAAAGAUCUGUCACAGGAACAGCCAUUAUCCAGUGACGAAGCUGCAAAACUUAAGACAACUGGAGAAGAACUGCCAGCUGCCAUAAAGCCCAGAAUCCGAAGCCGAAUCCCUGUACUCAUUUCUGAAGAGGACUCAGGCUCAGAGCAGUCCUCAUCCCUCUCAGCUCGGGCUCGGAUUCAGCAGCGGGCCAGGCAGCUGGACUUGGCCCGACUGUUGGUCCAGAAGCAACAGGGUCGCUGGAUGAGGAGGAGGAUGUUGUCUGGGACGUCAUCAUCAUUGUCCUCUGGGGAUGAUGAACGUCGGAGGGCUUCUGAAACCCUAUCCACCACCGGCUCAGAGGAGGACACGCAUACCUCAGACGAGUCCAGGAGGAGCUCCCGCCUCAAACCAACUGAAGAGCAAGGUUCUAAGGAGUGCAGGAGCAGGAUCCCCAGGCCCGUCACCCCCAUAAAGAGGCCUUCAGGGGGACUUGCUGCUGCUGCUCCUUCUCCUCUCUCCUUGCCAGACUCCAGCACCACCAAAGGAGCACCAUCCUUCGCAAACGGGAAUCAGAAAAUAGGACUUAGCACUCUCAACACCCAACGGAAAUCCAAACCUGUCUCUCCCAGGUCCUCCUCAUCAUGUCCCCGUCCCUCUGGCCCUGCCCCAUCUGGCAGCCCUCGAAUGCCCCUGCGAGUCCUGUUUGGUACCCGACGCAGCCUUAGCUCCACCCACUGCAGAACUGACAGCCCCUCCCCUCAAAGAGUAUGUCCGUCCCGGCAGCCCCUCUCAGUCCGAGCCCCAACCGUCCCCAUGCUACCACCCAGGACUACAACAACCAUGAGACGCAGCGCCUCCCAGGAAGCCACCGCCCAGUCCUGCUCUGGCACCAUGCCCACCAGGACCAGGCCAAAGCCAGGUGGUGUGAGUAAGGGGAAACCGAAUGCCAGGGAGAAGGUGGUGCCCGCUAGAUAAUACAAAGAGACUCAUCGCUGAGACAUGUUUGUGUAUAAUCAGUCUUCGGACAAGCUACGCCUCAAAGGUUUUCCAUAUUAGACUAUGACCUCCUUCAGUUCAUUUAAUAUGGACUUCUUAUUUUUUCCAAGGACAGCUUACUGAACUAUCUUCAUGGGCUUCCAGUAAUCCUGACUGACUGUCGUGCAGGAGCAUUGCUGCCAUGGUGCUAUGGAUACGUCUGCUGCUCCCAGGUCAAUCCCUGAUUUAACUGGUUCCUGGAGCUGAGGAUCAUGGCCUCCAACAAGUCCAGUUUCAGAGACUCACCUCUCACAGUCCUCCCUGCUUGUCCACAGCUAUACUACUCCUCUAUUGACAGUACCCUGCUUGGUUCACAUUGCAUGGUGAAGUAUAUCACAAAUACAUUGAGUCUGUAGAGGGAAAACAAGAUGUACAAAAAUCUGUAUCUCAAAAUUAUUUGAUAUAGUUCUCCCCUUUCUAUUGGCCAAAAAAAUAAGAUCAAAUUGGACUGGUUUGAAUGCCCGAACUAUGUUAAUAUGGUAAGAGAUUCCUAACUAUAUCCUGUACUCGUUAUAGUCUUGGAUAAAGAGAAGAGUUGGAUGUGAACACAAGAUAAAUCGCUCAGCUGCUCGCCUCCUCCUCAUGGUGUGACAAUGGGCAUGCUUUAAUCAUUCUAUUUUCUGGGUGUUUUUAUUUUGUUUAUGCUCUGAAUUGUAUAUAAUAGAAUCAUUUCCCAUAAAGACAUCUUUAUUUUUAUCUUGCCAAGCGAAGUGUAAAUUUGAAGUCCUUAACCUUCUGUUCCAAAGUGUUGGCACUAUGCCUGUUUUUUACGCAUGAGAAAAACAGGGUUAACCAUGAGAGGAAGUUAUACCUGCUUGGAUUCUGCUGACAGUGCAAAGAUCUGCUGCUUG